AAACGACGUUUUUUGGGUCGAAAGCCGAGAGGAGUGAAUCGCGACAAGCUUCGACGCCAACACCGUUCCCCAGUCUACAGCUCCCACCCGCAGUUUCACAAUGGCUUGCCGCAGUUGCAGCACAAGCCUCGGCCGGUUGCCCAAGAGGAUAGCAGCACCCCUCCGCCAGAAUUUCCUCGACGUCACCCCACUACCAGCAUCAUCACGAUGCGCCUUCUCAACCACUUCCUCGGCUGCGACCCUACCGUUCGCGACAAUACCUGCGAACCCACCCAGCCGAAUAGCCCGCCGAGCCCUCCACACAACGUCACCACAGCAAAAGUUCAACUUGAAGGAAAUGCUGUUCGACCGCGUCCGCGAAAGCCUGUCAACGGGGAAUAACACCUACUAUAUCUACAGGGUGACCGAGGACCUUUACAAGGCUUGCGCCGCCCAGGCCGACUACACCAUCGAGGCCGCAGACCGCAAGGCGGGGACGCUACAAACCACAGAAGAUGGCGAGGAAAUCGGCACGAGCAAGACCGAGACGUGGCAUAAAGAACUCGGCCUCCUCCCGACCUUUAGUACCUGGGCCCACGUCUCCAUGCUGCACAUGUACCUGCUCGUUGUCCGCUUCCGCUGCCUCGAACCAGCAGCCCAGCAGGCCUGGCAGUCCCAAUUGGUCAACCACUUCUUCCACCAGGCCGAGGCCAAGAUGGAGGACGUGCACGACUUGUCCUCGCGCAUGAUCCGCCAGACCUACCUCAAGGAUCUGUUCGUCCAGUGGCGCGGCUUGAUCUUGGCCUACGACGAGGGCAUCGUCAAGGGGGACGCCGUGCUCGCCUCGGCUGUGUGGCGGAACCUGUUCAAGGCGCGGGAAGACGUGGAUGUGCGGGCGCUGGCCGCCGUGGUCGCCUGGAUGCGGUCCGGGUUGAGGGAACUGGGGGAGCUGGCGGACGAGGAUCUAGCCUCAGCGAUAAAGGUGCUUCCGGGGCUGAAGGUGCAGUCGGCGAUGGUCGAUGUGCCGACGGCGUCGAUGAGGACGGCGUUCGGGCAAGCGGGGAUUAUCUCGUCGUGAGAGGACAUGUGCAUACAUGUAUAACACUGUAAAAAACAAAACCACAACCUGUAACGCAUAACAAUAUACAUCACCCCAACAA